CGUCAGGGGCCGACUGAGUGGGACGUCAUGCUCAGGGCAGGCUGAAGCUUCGUGGGUGCCCUGGAGUCAGGAAGCCAAAACGGGCUCAGAGCCUGCCUGCCAAUCUCAGGGCCUGCCAGGAGGCCGCAUCGCAGGCUCCCAGAGGUUACACAGGGAGAGGCGCCACCGACUCACCUCUGCCUGCCCCCAAAUCACCAAGGCAGAGGCGGGGCGGGGCCCCUUGGAAUGCCUUUGUCUUCCUUCUGGGCAGCCCCAUGACCUCCCAGAGUGGAGGUGGUUUUAUUUAAGGCCACUGCGUGUCCCCAGAGCAGCCAGAACAGAAAGCCAGAGAGACAGCUCUCACUGUCCCAAACCCAGCGGAAGCCGUGAGCUCUUCCAGUUUCUUUCUGAGUCACCGUGAAUGGCAUUCCAGUCCGCCCUCGAGCUCCAGUUGUCCAACCAGAGCCAGGGCUCCCAUCCCAACGCCACAUUCUGUGAUGCUGUCCCCGAAGCCUGGGAAGUGCUGUACAGAGCAUUACCCAUGUUCGCCAUCACCAUCUGUGUCCUCGGCCUCUUGGGAAACAUCUUGGUCCUGUUCCUCCUGCUGCCCCGGAAGAGGCUGAAGGUGGCAGAAAUCUACCUGGCCAACCUGGCGGCCUCCGACCUCAUGUUUGUCUUGGGCCUGCCCUUCUGGGCAGAGAACAUCUGGAGCAGAUUCAACUGGCCCUUCGGAGCCGCCCUCUGCAGUGGCAUCAAUGGGGUCAUCAAGGCGCAUCUGUUCAUCAGCAUCUUCCUGGUGGUGGCCAUCAGCCAGGACAGGUACAGGGUGUUGGUACAGCCCGUGGUCAGUUGGGGGCGCCGGCGCCGGCGGCAUGCCCACACCAUCUGCCUGCUCAUUUGGGUGGCAGGGGGCCUCUUGAGUACCCCCACAUUCGUGCUGCGAUCCAUCAAAAGGCUCCCCGAUCUGAACAUCUCUGCCUGCAUCCUGCUCUUCCCCCAUGAGGGCUGGCACUUUGUGAGGGUGGUAGAGUUAAAUGUCCUGGGGUUCCUUCUCCCGCUGGCUGCCAUCUUCUUCUUCAACUACCACAUCCUGGCCUCCCUGCGAGAACGGGGAGAGGUGAGCAGGAGCCGGUGUGGAGGCCCCAAGGGUCGCAGGACGGCGACACUGAUCUCCACACUUGUGGCUGCCUUCCUGGUGUGCUGGGCCCCCUACCACUUCUUCGCCUUCCUGGAGUUUCUGUUCCACGUGCAUGCCAUCCAGGGCUGCUUCUGGGAGGAGGUCACCGACCUGGGCCUGCAGCUGGCCAACUUCUUUGCCUUCACCAACAGCUGCGUGAACCCUGUGAUUUAUGUCUUUGUGGGCCGCCCCUUCAGGACCAAGAUCUGGGAGCUUUGUAAGCAAUGCACCCCAAGAAGUCACACUCCAGCAUCCUGCUCCCACAGGAGAGGAAUCCUGCAGCUCUUCUGGAGGAGCUAAAACAUCAGUGACGCAGCCAGCAUGGCAUCUUGUCGCUUCUUUCUAAUGCCCUAAGGACUACCGUAGGAGGCUUAAUAGCAACGACCACAGCUGCCCAGGACCUGGUCCUAGAGCUUGGAAAUGCUCUAUAUGGGGUGAUGAGGACUUGAUGAACUUCCAAGAGAGGAGUGAUCCUAGUCAUCUGGGGACCGAUAAGAUCAGAAGGAUCAUUAUCAAAAGGCAGCAGGAAGGACAGAGUCACAGACAGGAGGACAGAAGCACAGACCUGAACAAUACUAGUGACUGAGCCACGGUUUUCAUAUGCCCUCUAGUGGCAGGAAAAGGCAGGGCACCUGAAUCUCCCUGGAGCUUCCAGGAGCAGUCAGCCCUGCUGACAAUUGGACUUGAGCCCGGA